UCCUAACAUCGAAGGAUAUGGCCGGUUCAAGCUUUUGUAAUUUUUUCCUGCCUAUUUCUUCAUAAGUGGGGCAUAAAAGGCUUGGAAAAAAUACCCGUACAUUGCUCUUGGAAGCGAACUAUUUUGGGAUGAAUAAUGCAUAUAGUUAUUCAACCAUGCUCAUUUUGGGCAUGAUUUUCUAGUAGUUUCGGCAUCCGAGCACGUUUCUAACAUGGCAACACUGAACUACUCACAAAUCCUGGUGAAUGAUUGUUAUCGUUAUGGUGUCAUAAUACUAACUUGGUACCAAGCAGUGUUCCAUGUUGUAACCCGUCAAUAUUUCCCGCUUAAGAACCAUGGCCAAUCGGCUGCCUUCAGCCAUGGUCUUUGACUUGGAUGGUUGUGUGUGGGAUCCCGAAAUGUAUGAGCUGUGGGGGUCAGGCGGAGCACCCUUCACUCAGCAGAGCAAUGGGGAUCUCUUGGACCGUUCCAAACAGAGGGUGGUUCUCAUGGGAGAUGUGCGGAACAUCAUGAAGGAAUUCAAACUCGACCCCAAAUGGAAAGGGACCACUAUUUCCAUUGCUUCCCGAUGUGAUGAGCCCUCGUGGGCGGCUGAAUGCAUCAAAAAGUUCCAAGUGGGUGAAGGAUUGACCUUGGACCAUGUUUUUGAUUCGAAUACUAGGGAAAUCUACAAGGGAUGUAAAUCCGGGCAUUUGAAAACAAUUGCUCGAAAGACUGGAUUUGACCUCAAGGAUAUGAUGUUUUUCGACAAUGAGUACGGCAAUUGUCAAACCGUGGCCAAAAUGGGUGUUACCACAGUGUAUACCCCGAAUGGAGUGACCAGAGAGGUAUUUGAGAAUGGCUUAUCGAAUUUCCCCACCAUUGACGGAACUAUAUUGGGACCCAAAAAACGUGCCGGAAAAUGGUAGAACCAUCCCAUUUUGAAGUUCAAUGCGAACCCAAGUUCCCCGGGAUGGAUAACGAAGAACUUGUCGUUUCUAGUGAAGUCAUUCGUUAAUCAUUACCAUUCAUUGUCGAUGACGUUCCUACCAGGAACAAUCUGAUUUUAGUGCGUAGCAUUAUGUUGUUGACAUAGGACGAAAAUACUUUUGUCAUUGAAUUAUAAUCAACUGGAAUGUCUAGAAUUCAAUGCUCAGAUGAUAAAAAAAAAUUUCUUUUUA